GAUUCGCAUGCUAGUUGUCAGCUACCUGUUGAUGAGACAUGAGAGUGAGGCCGCGGCUCAUGGUUUCGGCAACGCGAAACUCAGUGCAAAUAUCGUUUUUAGCCAAUGCACACCUCUCGCGUCGCCCUGUCUGCCGUCUAUUUGUCCGUCCGCAUUGCACAAACGACAAGUGCUAAUUUACUUAUCACAAAUUUGAUUUGAUUAUAUUUUAUCUAAUUACGGCGCACAUGCGAGAGUACGACACAGACACACACACACACACGCAAAGUGUGUGUGACUUGCCUCUUAAAGUUCUCACAACAUGCGCCUCACUCACAGCACCAAAGCAAAAGGUGCGAUAAGCAGAGGCAGCGACAGCGACAGCGGCAGCGAGUGCGGCGCGGCAGCGCCGAGCAAAAGCAACUUGAGGAAUGUUCAAGAAAACGCCAAUUCGGUUUUAUACCUGAUCAGUUGAACAGAGAAACGCGUCGUGAUCGCAACGUUGAUAUUCGUGUGGUUUUGUUAAGGCGAACACGCGCGACUUUUCACGAGCCAACCCCGCUCCUACCCCUGAUUGCCAAUUGGAUUUGAUAGUCAUACGUUUCGAUUGGCAUGGAUUUGUUUUUGUUUUGAUAUCGGUUCUAUAUAUAUAGAUUAACUUAUAUUUAUAUAUUGCCAAUACUUGACGCGCCGCUGGCCAACAGCCACUCGAAGCGAAUAUAACUCAACAACAACAACAAUUAUUGUAAUAAUAUAGUUGCUCGGUAGUCAAGCUGAGUAACCAAAGAGAUAUUGACACAGACAACAAACAAUAAUAAUCAAAUCUAGCAGAAUAAAUAAAUAUUGAUCAGACGAUCGAGCGCAACUAGUGAUAAAGUGCACCACUAACUGCGCCGCGUGCUGUACAGUGGAGCUCCAAAACCAAAGAACUCAAGUUUUUGAUAAAUAUACAAAGUAAACAUACACACACACACGCACACACACAUACAAACAGGCACAAUGCUUAAAACAAAAUCCAGCGACGAUAAGCUGGAUACGCUGCUCUCGAGGUCUGCAGUGCCAAUCAUCGAUCUGGCGCAUUGCGGUAUCGAGGAGGUGCCCGUCAAAUCAGUGGUGAAUCGUGUGGGUCAUCAGUUGCAGAAGGCCUUAUCCGAAAAGGGCAUUGCGCUUUUGGUCAACCAUGGCAUAUCUGAUGAAAAGUUGAAAACGGCUUGGGAUCAUUUGGACGACUUUGUCGAUUUGGCAGCGGAUGUCAAGCAGCUUUACCUGCGCAACGAUGGCGACAAUCACGGCUAUGUGAGUCCAGGCAUUGAGCGCUUUGAUGGCAAGACACCGGAGCUGCGACAUGCAUUCAACAUUUGCACGCUGAAUGCCCAGAAUCUGCCGGAGGAGCCUCUGCCCGGAUUUGCGGAUCACAUAAGCACACUGGCCAAUGACUUUAAGGCGCUGGCCAGCUUUAUGCUGCAGGCGCUGGCCGUCUCGUUGGACAUUCCGCCCACAUUCUUCCUCGAAAAGCAUUCACACAUGAUGUCCGGCGAUCACGACAACAUGACCACUCUGCGCAUGCUCUACUAUCCGCCUAUAGUGGACGAUGAGCCCGGACAUGGUCAGAACGAUGUCAUCAAGGGCCGUUGCCAAUACAGCUACCAGCGUUGCUUAUCAGAUCAGCCAGAUUUCCGCCCUGAGCACAAUCCCCUUGAUGACGAGCCGGAUAACGUUCAGAGCAAUGGCAAGGAUGGCGAACUCUUCGAGCACAAGCUGGCCAACGGCGAGGUUAUUCGCUGCGGUGCACAUGUCGACUACGGCACAUUCACGCUGCUAGCCCAGGACUCUGAGGGCGGCCUGGAAGUGAAACUGCCGGGCAGCGAAAAAUGGACUCGCGUGGGUCACUUGCCGGGUGCCAUAUUAGUCAACUGCGGCGAGAUCUUGUCUAUCUGGACAAGGGAACGAUAUCCUGCACUGCAACACCGCGUGGUCAUACCCGAACAGGAGCACAUAAGGGCUCGUGGUCGACACUCGAUUGCAUUCUUCUGCCAUCCAGACAAUAUUACAAUGAUAUCUCCUAACGAUCUGCCUCAAACCGACGCCGAACAGAACUCAACGUGUCUCAAGCAGCGAAAGAAGUCCUUCAAAGCGGCGAAAGAGCGUGUAUACAACGCGUAUCAGCUAAUACAGAAAAAGUUUAAGGAAACGUACACCACCAACAGCAAUCCCUCGCAAUGACGUUCUGCCACGUAGGCGUCCGUUGCCAAGAUCCUCAUCUCUACUCCUGCCACUCUGUCAUGCGUUCAUAAGUGGGGAGAUUUAGCGUCGUAUAUGAAAGUCGAGAACACGCU